GCAAUUACCGCUACCUACGCCGAAUUACUUCUACUCAAAGAAAGCCAACGGCCACCUAGUAAAAUGGCACGUGAGAUAAACACAAAAGCACAGUGAAGAUCCAACUGGCAAGAUCGCUACACCUUUGCCCGGUAAAUAUCGCUAUCUGGCGGACAAACAAUACACGAUCGCACCUGUCCCGCUACUACCUGAGACAGGUGAGUGGGGAUUGCCGUCACGUGACGCGAUUUUUCACGUAAAAAACGAGUUUACCGCACCUUCUGCUUCCCCCCAGAGUCGCUCGAAAAACAAACCGUCAUCUAGCUAGAGUGUGGGUGCGCGAAGAAGACUUCUUAGACGAGCUCGUCCACAAUUACCGUCCAAAAAGAAAGUGUGAUUAAUAAAUAAUUACGUGUAAUGCGAGCUGACAUAGCUUUAAAGUGGGGGCUAGUGCACCUUUCUUUGUUUCAAUGCAACGAAUAUUUUGUUUGCGAUCGAAGGUGAAGUGAUUGUUUUGAUACACCGAGUUUAAAUAUCCAGCAGGCUAUGCCAGGACCGAAAUAAAAGAACAUGAGUGUUUUUCGGACGUUUUUACGGUGCGUCCUGGUGCAAUUGAGUUUAGUUCUUGCUCAGGGAAGUGUAGUGGACAAAUCUAAACGCGGCACCCUAACAGAGUUAUCUGGUGGUACCAUCGUCAACGACAGGUUGGUUAUUUCAAAAUCUGGCAGUCCUUACUGGUUGAGGAAUGAUAUCAUCGUUGAGAGAAGUGCUGAAUUAGUCAUAGAAGCUGGUGUUACUAUCAAAGUUUCGCCACAAGUGGGGAUUACCGUUCGAGGUGUUUUGACAGCCGAGGGUACUCAAGACGAACGAAUCACGUUAACGACUUCAGAGGAGUCAUCUGCGAGGAAUAUCAAUUUCCCCGACAUCCGGCUCGUGGACGGACCGACGAUAUUGGCGGGACGGCUUCAAAUUCGUCAUAACGGACAAUGGAGAAGUGUUUGCACGAACUCGAGAAACUGGACCAUUUUCGACAUGGCGACCACUUGUCGACAACUAGGCUUCCAAGGCGGAACCUUCUACAGCUGGAUGAAUCGACAAAUGCCUCUGAAGCCUCGCCUCCUCUACGAACAACCUAAAUGCUCAGGAACCGAAAGCUCAUUACAAGACUGCCAGUGGAACACUAGACAACUUGGAUCCGGAGUAUGCGACUACCACCCCGACCUCGGAGUAGAAUGCCUGCCCCGACACGACAAACCCCUACCCUUCUGGAGGGGUCUCCGCUUCGAAAACGCGUUGAACGAUAAAAAACUCACCCUCGACAACACACUGUUCCUCCCGGAGUCCCGAUCGAGGCUCCGGUACGUUAAUGUACAGUACGCGGGAGCGGGACGUGAUCAGAACACCACCAGUGCUUUGGACGUAACGGGGGUGCCUCCCACAGUGGACUACUUGGAGGUAUUCAGCUCUGCCUACAACGGGAUCAACGUCACCAACCCCGAGGCGCCUGUGAGGAUAAACAACUGCAAGAUCACGAAUAACAGAGGCUACGGUAUAUUCAUCAACUCCAGCUAUGGGCUGGCGCACAUAGAGGGGUGCGUGGUGAAUGAAAACGGCGGGGACGGUGUGAGAUUCGUCAGAGCUGAGGAACGCCCUGACGAACGAGCUGACAGAUACGGCUACAACGAUUUUUGCCAACUGGCAAUCGCGUCGAGCCAGACGUUUCCCUUGCAGCUGUACGCUGAGCAAACUCUUUUUUUGAACAGGGAAGUAACUUGUAGCAAGGCCUUCACAACUAGAUACGGGCAUGUACUGACUCUUCAGUUUAUUAGAGCUGUCACAAGUCGGAACGACAGCGCCUCUAUUGAGAUCUUCGACGGCUCCACUUUGAACCACAGAAUACUGAACAAGUUCUCGAUAAGAAACAACACGAGGCCGCAGACGAUAGCGAGCACUGGUAACCAGAUUUUCAUCAAAUUUCGAGCAGACCCCGCCUCGGACGUGGUGAUCUUCAUGCGGAUACUCUCAGGGCUGAGAAAAACCUUUGAUCUAAACGUCAGCAACUCUGAUAUAUCCGAGAAUAUUGGGAGAGGUGUGGCGAUCGACAAUCUCAGAUCACAGAUCCACGUGCAUAAGAGUUCUGCGUCAAAGAACGAGCAUGUGGCUGGAAUCCAUGUGACGAGCGGAGCAGGUGACGUUAACGUAACGGAAAGCCGAGUUUCCUUCAACGAAGGCGAUGGAAUCAACAUCACCUACACUGGUGGUAACAGAAACAUCUCCAGGUCGUCCAUAAGCUCUAACAAAGGUUACGGCGUAGCUAUUUGGUUAAACGACACCGCAGAGACUGAGUAUAUCUUCGUGAACCAGACCACGGUCGUCCAGUAUUCGGAGAUCUACAAAAAUUUGGACAUUGGAGUGUUGCAUGGUAACUAUUGCGGAGAAGCGUUGUUCAACUUCACGGAAAAUUCAUUCAAAAACUGCCUGAGUGACGCUCUGGAAAUUAUCUCCUGUUGGAGACAAACUGAAGUACUCACUAAGCUGCAGAUUGGUCACAAUAAGUUCCUGGGGAACGAGAGGAUAUCCUUGAAAAUUUCACCAGCCGUCAACCUCCAGGCUAACAUAGAAUACAACCACUUCAGACAGGGCACCUUCGGGGGGUUGCUCAUAAAGAACAAGCCCUUGGAAGAGUUCAACGUUCUCAGAAACGAAAUUACCGUUCAGCAAAACUAUUUCUUGAACAAUUCCGGAACCUUUGUGGUCAACCUAGGAAUUUCACCCUAUGCUGAAAGACAGUACUUACUUUUCACACGAAACUUCGUGAAGAGCAACAAAAUCAGUGAACCUUUCCAGAUGGAAGACGGAACCGUUUCUAACCUCAACCCCAGAAGCAGGGUGGCAGCGCCCGUAGUUGUAGGCUCCAGUAACAUCGAAAUAUUCAGGAACAUAAUAGAGAACCCGGACUCCAAAUACGAAAUCGGAAGCCACUUCGAAGAUCAAAGUAAAACGAUCAACUGCACCUUCAACUGGCUCGGGUUUGGAAAUGACGAGAAUAUAUCUUACAGGAUCUUCCACCGUUACGAUAGAUACAACUUAGCCAAGAUCAUAUUCAUCCCUUUUCUUUUGCACAACACGAACCCGUUGACGUCGAGAAUAAACGCGAACCAAUUCUACGUGCCAAAAUUUUCCUCUGGAACUUCUGAUAAGAUUGGAGGAGAAAUCGAGGGAGAAGAGUUCAUAGCUAGAGGGGAAUAUGUCGUAACGCGAGACAUAACGAUCAGGCCUGGGGGGAAGCUGACUAUAGAGCCAGGUGUUACCCUUCGCUUCCCUCCAUCCAUCGGAAUGAUGGUGGGCGGGCGAUUAGAGGCCAGGGGAAUAGAACCGGGAAGUAUCAGGUUCACUUUGAAGGAAGAACUCAUUCACGCGCCCGAUAAUAUCACUUACGAUACCGAGACUGAAAAAUACGAUUCGCAAACCGAACUUCUCGUUAUAGAACCUAAAGUUCCUAUCAGGUUGUUGGGUGGGGAAAGUGAAACUGAAGGUCGGUUGCAGUUAAAGGUGAACGAUCAAUGGGGAACCGUGUGCAAUUAUGGAUGGACCAUGAAAAAUGCUGCACUAGUUUGUCAGCAACUGGGAUAUGUUUUGAAUCCAGAUGAUUGGAAUCUGGAAAGGAGCGAGAUACCCUCAGCUGGAACUACCGAAAACGUAAUUCUGUCCAACAUUCAGUGCGACGACUUCGACUUGGACGUCACGAAGUGCCGCUCAGAAACCUCCGGUGAUUUCUUCAACUCCUGUACCCACGAAAACGACGUAGGUGUGAGAUGUUACAAAACCUCUUGGGCAGGCGUACGUUUCAGCUCCUUAGCGGAAAGAACCGACAUCCAGUUCCUCACCAUAGAAAAAGCCGGACUGUUGGACUACGCGACCACUUCAUUCAAGCCCGCACUGCAGCUCGACUUCGGGCGUCAAAACUUCGAGAACAUAAAAAUAACAGACAACUACUUCCACGGACUUGGUAUAAUGUAUUCGGACAUUUUCUCCGAAUCGGUGAACAUCAUCAAGAACUCUGAUUUUUCCAACAACAAAGGAGCGGGAAUGAGCCUCAAACAACUCGGCUUAACUUUGUACAACAACAAAAUUGAAAAUAACUUCAUCGGUAUCGAACAUAACCCUAUUUUCUCAGGAGUGCAGCAACGAGAGCUUGCGGGCUGGUUUACCAAAAACGAUGACGAGAACUACUACAAUCCCUUCGCGAUUCCUCACAACUUGGACCAGAACGUGGUGGAGCUGCAAAGGGGCGAAACUAAAUAUCUGGUUACGUCUAAAGUGGUCGGUGACAGUAUAUCCCGGUCCUACAAGAUAAGAUGCGAUCCCGGAUUGGUUCUGGGUAUUCAGCUCUUGAAUCCGAUAGAAAACAGAAGCACGGAGAGUAUCGUUAUUCAUGACGCGUUAUCGGCUUCCUCCAACUCGAAUUUCUACGUUCUUAAAAGAGACCUAACCGUUUUUCCUACGACCUCAAGUGCUCACGGUAUCGUACUUGACUAUACCAGUGGAAACAACGCCCUUGGUGGGACUGUCAUAGUCGUGAACCCAGUGAAGGCGCCGGUCCAAAACAUCUACAACCGUAUAGUAAAAGGACCAGUUCCAACCUUGAGUGCUACACGUACUACAAUCAGAAAAAACACGUUCGGGGUACAUGCUUCCUACUACAACAGGUACCUGGACGAACUGGGCAAUCAUUUUUUGAGGAAGGCCAACGAGUCGAUGAAGUUUUUGAAUUGCGAGAUCAGUCAUAACCUAAAAGAGGCCGUAUUCGUUCACUCUCCGUAUUGGGAUUUGCACACGAGCAAUAUAUCCGAAGUCACGUUCAUGUUCAACAAGACCACCAUUGCUGAUAACGGGAAAGGAAUCUAUCAGUUUUCCAGAGAUAUGAGAUCUUCCAACAACUUGUUUCACUACGUGUUUCAGGAUAAUACAAUCGAGAGCAAUAAAGGAGGAGGAUUGGACAUGUCCCUUCCCUACGUGUGGCAGUACAACGAAAACUUCACCCACUCCAUUUACAUGGACAACAACACCUGGUCCAACAACAAAAACUUCGAAAUCACCGUCGACGGGCACUUCGCUAUUGUCAACAUCACCAACAGCGUCUUCCAGGACAAUAACUGCAAGAAAGGCCUGCUGGCAUUAAAGGGCAUGGAGAAAAAAUUAAUGAUAAUGAACAACAAAUUCGUCAACAACAAUGGCAUCUACGUCGUGGAGUUCAGCUCGAACAGCCAGAGCGAAAUAAUCGGAAGCGUGCCAGCAGUGUUCACAUAUAACGAGCUGAGGAACAACAAAUACUUUUUAAGAGCAAGAGGAGGGGUGUUACAGUUGGACAGGGAACCCACUUGCGUGGUUGGAUUCAGAGGCAUUCAGAAAGUCAGAGUCAAUAGGAAUCUCUUUUCCGGCAACAGUCUUGACUAUCACUUACUGGCGGGAAUAAAGACUGCGAAAAUCAACAACUUCCUUAACGUGGCGGAGAACUGGUGGGGCUCCGAUAACGAGAAAGAAAUAAAGAGCAAGAUAUUCGAUUUUGACGAUUGGAACGAUCACGCCAUCGCCCAGUACAAACCCUACUUGUUGGAGGACAACUUCCAAUCCAGCUACUCGGCUACGUUUUCAGUUAACUCCACCAUCGACUUGGACGACUUAGGAGGGAGGAUCUAUGAAGAUUUGAGGUUGACCAAUAGGGGGCGGCCUUAUCUUGUACAUAAAGACAUCACCGUGAUGCCCAAUGUGACCUUGACGAUUAUGCCUGGGGUUGUGAUGGAGUUUGCGCCCAAUGUAGGGAUACUCGUCUUGGGCGUUUUGAACGCCAGAGGGUUUGCAGGAAGUGAGAUUGUCAUGAGGCCUGUUUCGGUUUCUGAAAAUUUGAUGAAAGAUGAAAGGGGUGUUUUGGAUAUUAGAGAGAAAAGGGAAAUUGAGCAGUUUUACGGUCAAGAAGCAAUUAGGCUUUGCAAGAGCCGCAGCUGCAUAGAAAACGACGAAGGCCCCAUAAACGAAGGCUUCCUCGAGUACUUCAACGGAACCACCCUCCAGUGGAUACCGAUGUGCGAUUCAAGGUUCACCGAGCGCAAUGCCCAGGUGGUAUGCAGAGAGCUCGGACUUGACCCGCUGAGCGCGUUUUUCGAAUUCGGAGAGCGCAUCGACUUCCACAGCAACUCCCUGUCGAGGAUCUGGACCUGGCCCGAACCUUUGCAGUGCACGGGAACCGAAAGAAGGUACGAAGACUGCCCGAUAAGGCUGAACGGGCAGCAAUUUGGACACAGACACCGAUGUGAGUGGAACUCUAAGUUUGUUUUCAUCCACUGCGAUCGGUUCAAGAGUAGUACCAGCUAUUGGGGAGGGAUAAGAUUCACGGACGCAGAGUUCGAACAGCAGCUCUACAAUCACAGGAUACAUGACAUCCACACGCACAGUACGAUCAAGGCGCACGAAUCCACGCUGCAGUAUGUGAAAAUUACGGGAGCGGGAAUUUUGCACAACGAGAAGUCCUCAGCCGUACAGAGCAUCAUCAAGAGCCCUACGAUAAGCUACGUGGAAAUAAAUAACUCAGCGUCGCACGGCAUCGACCUGAUAUCGCCCACCAACACCAUGAUUCUGCUUCGAAACGACAUACAAAACUCUUUAGGGGCAGGAAUAAACAUACUCUCCCUUUCCGGAGAAGGAAGGGAGUCCGAGGAGUCCAGCUUCAACCCUUUGAAGGGGCUGAACGUUCCUUACCACCUGUUCGGCCUCGUUGACAUUUGCGACACCCACAAGGAAAUAAGGAUCCAGGAAAGAAUCUUGCUUUACUACAAAUAUGACAACCACCCGGUAAACUGCAUCAAAAUAUUCCGAAGCGAUUUCAAUAUCAAGCCGUUAGGAUUGAGGCUUCUGCAGUUCGACUUGUUUAAUUCCACCACAAAGUACGGGAUACCGGACUUUCUGGAGAUGUACGACGGCGACAUCUACAACGUGUCGUCCAAAGUUAUUGACAGAGUCACGAUGACAACCAAUAACGGGAACAGAUUGUUCCGAUCCACGCUGCCCAGCUUGAGUGUGAAAUUGUUUGCUAAUGGCGCUUCUUCUGAUCAUGGAUUCAUUGCCGAGGUUGUUACUUUGCCGAUAUCGGCAAUUGGAUUCAAUCGGGAUGUGCAACACAAUAUAACUCGUUCAGUUAUCAACAACAACGUUCAAAGCGCUUUGCUUUACAUGGCGUCUGGAGAAGUGAAUCCCACAGUGACGAUAGAAAAAAACCAAUUCAAAAACAAUUGUAGGAAGCUAUACGGUAAUUUCACAACCUGUAAGGCAGCUGUGGAAAUGGAUGUUCAAAAUACCCAGUCGAUAUUUUUCAGGAGCAAUCUGGUGGAACAAAACCAAGGUGGACUAUACAUAAAAGCUGAUUCUCGAGGCUCGGCGACUUCUCUAAGAGGACUCAUCCACAACAACCUCUUCGUGAACAACUCCAACCUACCCACGGUCUACGUGGAAGGUAGAAAGUCGUCCCCGUACCAGGAAGUUACGAUAUAUCGUAACUAUUUCACAAGAAACGUAGCGCCUUAUCACAAUAAUAUCGUUCUGAAACAAGUAGUGUCUAAUUUCACUUACAACUACGUGAAGAGGAACAUUGGCUUUCAAAAUUUGGAAAUAUCUGGAUUCGACAGGGUCAGGCUGAAUAUUUACCAGACUACGACUCAUAAUGGCUUCUACCAUAACUUCGCAGAGAAUCGGGACAGCAGAUCUACCGUGGUGGCAGGAACUGCAGGUCAACACUAUGUCGACAACAUUUUCUUUGAUCCUGAUAAUGACUACGAAAUGGUUACAGUCAACAGAUCUCUUUUUGAAUUCAACAGUACUUUCCAACUAUGGGACACCAAAAUAGACGCAGCAAACAACUAUUGGGGAAUCAAUGUCACUGAAGCUGUGAGAGGCAGAAUCAGAGACCAAAACGACGAUCGACGACUGUUGGAAGUGGUAUUCGAGCCUUUUUACAUGAACAACAGAAGCAUUCUGAAUAGUAAAUGUCCUCCUGGAUGGGAGUUAGUUGGUGAAACUUGUUAUAUGUAUAUCGGUGCCCCGAUGACAUUUUGGGAAGCUAAAGCGUUUUGUCAGGCUGAUAACGCUUCAGUUCCGUAUUUGUUGGGCAACAUUAACUACCUUCCACUUUAUGAUUUCUUGAGGCAACAAGACCAAUGGUUCCUCUUUUCUGACAGAGUUUGGGUGCAGCAUAUCGAUAAAAUCAACGAAUGCACCGCUUUCGCUUAUCAAUCUGUAGAUGUGCAAGAUUGUCAAAAUCGAAAUCCCUUCAUUUGCGAAAUAGACCCCAAAGUACAAAUUAGAAUACUUCCCCUCGCGGACGAUAUGAUAACUAUAUCUGUGAUAAGUAGUUUAGCCCUAGCUCUCCUUCUGAUAAUUAUCGUGAUGGUGUUUUGGUGGAGCAAGUCGAAAUAUCGGCAAACCCAGCGUUUGGAGAGGAAAAACAGUAUUAGACAAAGUUUGCACUCGCUCAAGUCACUGGGACUAUCUCAAGGCAGUUUUGCCGAUCCAGGAUAUAGGAGAAGAGCAGCACAAUUGAGCACCAAAUCGACAGACACCCUCACCAAAAAAAUGAUAACCAACGGCUCCAUAGACAGCAUGGAAAAGUCAACGUACGGUUCGUCCAUAGAUGAUAACCAGUCGUACGAAGUAUACGAAGGUCACAACCCUAGCCCUGCCGCUUUCGCUUUCUCUCCGACGAUAGAGUACCACAAAUCGCCCGCUCGUCCAGAAAACCAGUACUCCAGACCGAUCCACGACCUUGCAUUCAAAAACGAAGGCUUUAGAGACAACUCCACCUUCGCCACGAAUUCGAACUACCAGUCUAGAGCAGAGAGUACGCAAGACGAAGAGACUCCGAUAAUGGAUACGGAAACUGUUUCGUAUCCGCCUAGCGAAUACUACAACACCGAUACUCUGCCGUUGCACAGCGACAAAUCGGAUUCUAGUUACACCGGGGGGAGGCCUGGUUAUAAUUUCUUGCAGGAGUUGCAGAAUAAACUACCGCAGAAGCCGCCAACGCCCCCUAGGGAGUAUUCGCCGGCGUAUUCCCGAACUGUAAGCACUCCAGCUUACAGUCCAGACCCAUCCGAUGAUCGUCCGCUUUCUGCAAAUAUUCUCGAGACUGAUUUCGACGAGCCAGUCGCUCCGAAAAAGAAGACGCGGGCGAAAAGUGAGGCUCUUCUAGAAACUAACUUCGAUUACAUUCCUUCGGAGGAGAGCCCUCAGUUCAACCAACCGAUAACUGAUGCGAAUAGAAGUAGAAGUCAACCGUUGGAAACGGCAAUGUAAGCUGGAAAGUAGGUUAUAAUUUUUAAUUGUUUCAAAGAAAAUUUGAAAGUAGUUUAUCGUUUUUUUCGACUGGAAGUCGGAAUGUGUGGAGUAAAGGAUCAAAUAUGAUCACGUUUACGUGAAAAUUACCAUUAACCAGCUGUCGCCCUCCUACGAACGACAACACCCUCAGAAGUAGAAACUUGUACGGGCCAAAUAUUAUCGAAGUCUCAUAUUUUAACCUGUGAUUCCUAGCAGGAAAGAUACAAAUAUAAGUUUACAACUUAGAUUCAAUUUGACCUCAAGUUUGAAAUAACUUUCUCCAAACGAAAGUGCCACUCAUGCUUGUCUUAUGUAUUCAGUCAAUCUCGACUUCAGUUCAAUGAAUUAUCAAUCUAAAUAUGAAAAUUACUUCAAAUUCAACAACAAUAAUACAAACUACCGAAAUUUGGGAAUUAAUCAGUUAUAGAGUCAGUUAUAAGUCUUAAAGUCGCAAGUUCAAGUUGUAUAAGUUCAUGUUUGUGCCCCAAAAAGUCAAUUAUCUAACUGCUCACGACUCAUCACUCACAAUUUGAAAUUGGGGCAUCAAUUCUGAAGUGUCUCCCGACAGUUGGAACUUAGCUCCUGAGUUAUACAUCAAUCUAUUUACACCCAUUUUCUUUUCAUAAAUCCUUCUCAAUCGUUAUAACAAAUGUAUGAAGGGUCAAUGGGUAUGAAUUCUGAAUUUCUAAAUCACAUUAUAGAAUGUAAGGUUGAUAUUUUCCCCUUCAAAAUACAAGAGCCAGGUUCCAACUGUUGGGAUACGUUCAUAUGAAACCUGCAUAAAUUGAACAAAUGAAAUUCUUUUGUGAUAAUUUAAAGCAAGAACAUUAUUCCAUAUUUUGUUUUACCACUAGUAUAUAUUUUAGCCAAAGGAAAGGUGUUCAACCACAAUAUAGAUCAUAAAAAAUUGCAUACACUGAAUGAAAACUAAGAUCAUACAUUACUUUAUAGACAAAGUACAAAUUCAAGAAGGUUCCCCUGAAACGCUUCUCCUAUCCCCUCUUUCCUCUCUCCGCUUCACAGUUAGGUGGGGGUUGACCGUUUUCCGCUUGAUUACGGGUUUCCUA